CCUCAGCUCACUCACGGACGCUUCCCUUCCACUCCUCCUGUUCAUCCCACCUCUCUCCUCUCUCCUCCUUGCCGUUGCGCCAGCAAACCUCCUACUUCUCUCUCUCUCAUCUACAGUCCUUGGCUCAGAAGAAAAACCUUUUCAACAUGGUCCAUUUCAAGCCGAUUUUCACGGUACUGUCGGUCCUACUUACCCUCGGAGUCUCGAAUGCUGCGCCGAUCAAGAAGCGUGACCUGAAUGCAUCCGCGCCCCUGGCAAGCGAUAUCGACGGUGCACAUCUCCUGCUCCUGAACGAUGUCGAUUCCUCGACGGCCAAGAACGCGUUCCUGCUGCUGUCGAAGCCCAGGGGGUACUAUGACGGCAUGAGUGCCUGCAAUACCAUGGCCGAUGGUGGAUACAUCUACAUUUCUGGUACGGCAGGAGCCUCGGACCUGGUCAAGCUCCUGAACAACAACGCGCCCGCGCAGGCCGAGGUCUCUGGAUAUUCCCAAUUCUGGGUCUAUAACGGUGUUCCCGGAAUUUUGAACAACUGUCUGGCGGUCAACAAGAACAAUGGCAAGACCAACUGGAUCCCUUGCAGCACCCAGCUGCCCACGGUCUGCUUCAACAGCGUCAUGCGCCGUGUCCUGCUCUUUGACGAUACCUCGCGUCAGGUCAAGGUCAAUACCCCUGUCGGCCAGAUUCAGGGCUGGCGUGAUCAGAACGCCUUCCGCUUCUUGGGCAUCCCCUAUGCUGAGGCGCCCGUGGGUAAUCUGCGCUUUGCUGCACCAGUCGCGAAGGCGCCCUUCUCUGGAACCUGGGAUGGCCUGCACUACAAGGGUAUCUGUCCACAGACGGCCCAGUCUGCAGGAUUUAUUCCUUUGGUCCUCAGCUACCUCGAGAACGGUGCUAGUGAACAGGAAGAUUGCUUGAACCUGAACGUCUAUACCCCCAGUCUGAAGGGAGCUGGACAAGCUGGAUUACCGGUUAUGGUUUAUAUCCAUGGAGGCGGAUUCACAACGUAUUCUGGCUCUGUCAUCAUCUUCGAGCCUGGUAACAUGGUCUCUCGCGGCGGCGUUGUCGUUGUCACCAUCAACUACCGUCUCGGAAUGCUCGGAUGGUUCGAGAACACCGCCGCAUGGGGACGCUCGACCGUUCCUGGAAACCAGGCCUUCCGCGAUCAGAUCCUUGCCAUGCAAUGGGUCAAGAAGAACAUUGCCUCGUUCGGCGGUGACCCCAACCGCGUUACCAUCUUUGGUGAGAGUGCCGGCGCCACCAGUAUUCGUGCCUUCCUCUCUGCUCCCUCAACCUUUGGCCUCUACCAGAGCGUUAUCGGAGAGAGUGACCCAAUCAACAUCCCUUUCAAGACAACCGACAAGGCUGCGUCGAUCGCCAGCUACUUCUUGCAGGCAUUGAACUGCGCUACUAACGACCUGGCCUGUGCUCGCUCUCGUCCUAUCGCUCAGGUCUUGGAAGCCCAGAAGACCGCCAACGACAAGGCUCUUGCUGAUGACAAGUGGACUACUUGGGCCCUUGUCGAGAGACCCACCAUCGACGGCGACUUGAUCCCUGCAGAGUUCUCGGCACUGGUCAAGUCAGGCAAGUACAACACCAAGGCUAACAUCAUGUGGGGAACCGUCCAUGACGAAGCUGGUCUCUUCGUCCCUCAGUACUUCCCCAACCCUGUGCCAGUGUCCAAUGCCUCACAGGCACUCCAGCUCUUCUUUGAUGCCAACCGUACUGCUAUGAUCUUGGGAUCCCAGUUCUUCCAGAUGAGCCCUAAUGAUUCUGAUGCUGUCCGCAAUCUCUUCACCCUUGCUGGCACGGAGUAUUACUUCCUCUGCCCACUUCGCUACCUCAGUCGUCAGAUGACCAAGGUCAAGAAGGUGUACAACUUCCGCUUCAACCGCGGUCGAGACACACCCCUGGUUGGCGAUAACUAUUGCUCCUCCAGCACUGGACGUGUGUGCCACUCAGCCGAUAUCCAAUCGGUCUUUGCCAGUGGUGCUGCGGUGCCCACCUUCAAGCAGAUCGGCGACGACGCCCGAUUCGCACGCCAGGUCGUCGAUCGGUUCACGACCUUUGCCAAGACUGCGAACCCGAAUCCCCAGGCCGGUCAAGUCGGUGUGGAAUUGUCCAAUCCGGACGUAGCGGGCGUGAACUGGCUGGCUUACGACGACACGAACCCGAUCCUGGAGCUGAACGUCCAGAGCUCGAUGUCGAGCAAUGUCGAAAACGACGUCUGCACAUGGAUCGAUACCGUGUUCCUGUACGAGUUCUGGCGUCAGGUCCCGGGUAACUCGCCUUAAACACGAGACACCGCCUUCUUUAUCUUUUUCUAUAUCUAUAUAUUUAUAUAGUAUUAUAUAUCCCAUUAUCUACCUUGAUUCAUUCAAGCAAUCCUAGUGGAUCUAGUUUGCUCCGCCUU